AUGGCUUCCCUCCGCGUCCAGGGCGCAGCCCGUCUGCUGCGCAGCGCCGCCCCGAUGCGGGCCGCCCUCCCGCUGACUGCUCGCCGAUUCGAGAGCUCCGUCGCCACAACCACCGCCGCUCCCCCCGCCGUUGCUCCCUCGACGCAAGAGAACGCGCCCGACUACACCAUCCAGGCUGACAAGGCCACCUCCACCUUCACCCCCGUCCCCAAGAAGAUCCAGGACGCAAGCGAAGACGUCCCCUACCUCCAGGCCGCUGUCCUCUCCGGCGCUCCCAUGGAGCUCCAGGCCCGAACCGUUCGCAUCUACCAGGAGGCCAAGCCCGCGACGCAGUCCGGAGACUGGCAGGGCCACCACUGGCGCAUGGACUGGGACAUCCUCCCCAAGGGCCACAGAUGGGAGAACCCCCUCAUGGGCUGGCAGUCGUCCGGCGACAUGAUGCAGGGCACCAAGCUCAACUUCAAGAGCAAGGAGGACGCCAUCCACUUCGCCGAGAAGCAGGGCUACGAGUACUUUGUGCAGGAGCCGCAGUCGAGGAGGAUCCGCCCCAAGGCCUACGCCAACAACUUCCUCUACUCCCCCAAGAAGCUCAAGCACAUCCGCACCAAAUAG